AUGAGAUCUUCACCCCGCACUAUACUAAACCAUGUUGGUAGAACACUAAAAAUUCAUGUGACCCUAUGUUUGCUCCUUUUAUGUGUAAAUGUGCGCCUACAUAAGACACACAGCGCCGCGACAGCGCACUCCGUAAGAAAAAACUUUUUUAUCUCUCCAAGCGCAACACGCGAGAGUGUUACGAAGAAGAGGUUUGUUUUAAGAAGGGCGAACCAUGGGGGGGGGAGCUUAUCGGACCACGGGGUUGCAGGUCCCCCGAGCGAAGCUGCGCCGAGCGUGGAGGGGAGGCAAAGUAUUGGUGGUGAUAGCCACGCUCGAAGUGGGGAGGAUAACUACUCACCUCGUGUAAGUGACCAGUUCGCAGACGUGCCCGAAAUAAACCCAAACAUCGCCAAGUUCCUGGCCAGCAAAGGCAUAAAUCAGAUGACGAAAAUUCAGGCGCAGAGCUUCAAACCCAUUUACGAGGGGAGAGAUAUAAUAGGACGUUCCGAAACGGGCUCGGGGAAAACCCUAGCCUUCGCGCUUCCCUUGGUGGAAAGGUUGUACAAAGUUAAAAUGGGGAGGAGUGGAGAAGGGGUAACUUCCUCAACACCUGACAUAGAGCGUGCCAACCUUUUUGGCGGCACAAAUCAACCAGAUGACAACAAGAACCCAUCCAUCUUGGUACUAGAACCCACACGAGAACUAUCCAAGCAGGUAGAAAACACGUUCAAAGAAAUAAGCCAAUUUUACAACUUCAACAUUAUGUCAAUAUAUGGAGGAGAAAGCUAUGUGUACCAAGAGGCCAAGUUGAGGAAAGGAAUAGAUAUUUUAACUGGAACCCCGGGUCGGAUAAUCGAUCACCUAGAGAAAAAAAACUUGUCUCUCCAAAAUAUAAAGUACUUAGUGUUAGACGAAGCUGAUGAAAUGCUAAACUUGGGUUUUACCCAUGACCUAGAGAGAAUAUUAAGUUACAUCAAUUUGAAAGAAGCACAAAUUUUGCUGUACUCCGCAACGACACCAUCGUGGAUUAAAGACAUUUCUUCUAGGUAUAUGAAGAACCCUUUUUUUAUCGAUGUGGUUGAUUCUUCAAACAAGACUUCCAAAAAUAUUAAACACAUUGCCAUAAAGACGCCUUACGACAUAAAGGAAAAGGCCUUGCUGUUGGAGGACAUCAUUCUGGUCAAGUCGAAUGGAGGCCAGGUGAUCAUCUUUACGCGAACUAAGUUAGAGGCGGAUAUCUUAUGCUCCGAGGGGUCUUUUAAAUCUCUCUCUUUUGCAGUUCUUCAUGGAAACAUCGCCCAGACAACUAGGGAACACACCAUGCAACGGUUUCGCCAAGGAAUGUUUCAAAUUUUGAUAGCGACUGACAUUGCCGCUAGAGGGUUAGAUAUAAGUAACGUCGAUUUAGUCAUUCAAUGUUUUCCUCCAAACUACGCAGAAAUUUAUAUUCACCGAGCUGGAAGAACGGGGAGAGCAAACAAGAAAGGUGUUUCCGUUGUCUUGUUCUCAACUGAAGAUAAGCAGGACUUAGUAAAGAUAGAAAAAAAUUGUGGAAUCAAAUUUGCCAUCGAACAAUUACCAAACAAUGAAGAUGUCUUCACAUCUGCAUCUACCAUGGCAUCAAAAAAGAUUCAAAAUGUUAAUCCAUCCGUAUUGCCAUUUUUUCAAAAAACUGCUAGCGAAUUGAUAGAACAAUGUACACAGAUGCAGAUGGAUCAAACAGAAUUAGUAGCUAGGUGCUUGGCCAUUAUUUCAAAAAAAGAACACAUCAAAAAGAGAUCCCUGAUUAAUGGCCUAUCUGAAACUCUCACUCUAAGCUUUGUGAACAAAAGUAGGAAGUGGAAAAACGAAGACGAUAUUAUCUACUGGGUCAACAAAAUAUCCAAUGAUUUAAAUGUAAAUACAUUUAACAAAAUUUUACAAAUCAAAAUUGAUACAAAGGAUAGAUUUUCCUCCUACUUUGAUCUCAAUGAAAAUAUAGCUGAGUUGUUCAUACAAAAUUUUAAUAAUAUGUCGAAGGUGGACCAUAGGAAUAUGUUCGACUUGACUGUGGCUCGGAGCAUCCCUGAUCAUGUCGACUUGACUUCCGAGUUCCACUCCUCAAGCAGGUACCACCCGAAGAAGCGCUAUGCAUACAGAAGAAGGCCCUCCUACUACUGA